GGCGCCUCUUCUCUCUGCCAUUGGCUGCUGGGAUGGGAGGGGGCUGCCUGCAGCGGUGGUCAGACGUGCAGGCGCGCCGGCUGUGUGCGGCUUCGCUUGCACCUCCUGAAACCAGCUCAGACUCCCUCUCAGACAUGAAUCGGGGAUUCAGGGUAUUUGCUUGAUUCCGCGAGUCGUCUCUUGUAAGAUACUGUACGUACACUGCAUACUUCUGUCAAAGAGGUCGAAGUUCGCUUUGUCGCGUUCAUGUACGGUGACGAAGAGAAAACAGCUGCCUGCGGACGAUAACGUGGAGUUUAUACUCAGAAAAUGAGGACAAAUCUUUUCCAUCUCCCUUAGUUUUGUGAAAUGGCAAGAGAUAAUGAAUAUCCAUUCCUAUAAUAGUAUCACAAAAGUAAGAAAACGCCAAGCACCACAUGGAGCAGACAGGAACACCACAUUUGGUAGCAUGCUGCAGGCCCUGAGACAGUGAUGCAGAAAGAUAAUGUUGAAACUACUGAUUAGACGUACUGAAUGAAACUUGAAGGACUGCAAUGUUGCUGUGACAGGUCAUUGUAAGCAAAAUGCAUUAGUCAUGUGGACAUGCCAGUGCUCUGUGGGCCUGGGUCUGGUUUGGAACAGCUCCAGUGAAGAGGGGGAGGAGAAGGCAUUGCAGCCUCUCUGGACUGAUUCAACCCGAGCAGAUACUGGAACAUUAAGAGGAUGUGCCUAUUUACACUUAGGUGGUGGCUAUCUGCACGAGCUGCUCAGCUGCACCGUUGAAGCCGGUUCCCUGUGCAAUUUCCAGAUAUACCAGAUGGAUCAGUGGAUCAAUAAGCUGCAUUACCAAGCAAGGAAAACAGGGCAGUACGCUGCCAUCCUGUUCAGGUUGGAUCCUGCCUUGCACAUGUAGCUUGCUGGGAUGGACUAUGGCUCCCCAUGGAAUGGAUAACAAUGGAUAAAAUUGUUAGAAAAUGGAAGGAUGGAUUGUUUUGAUCCAUUUCACACCUGGAAACAGACUUGAGAAUCUGGUUCAUCAAGGCCACCAGGACCAGAGGAUACACACCAGCACCAAAGCAGAACAGUGCCAUUUUUGUUAUUCACAGAAGGGAUGAUGUUCUUCGCAAUAUACAUUUAUUGAAAACAAAUUCCUAUUAACACUGAUGACCUGGAGACCCAUUUACAUGGCUGAGUGUUUUACUGGAGCAAUAUGAGUAAAGUUCCCUGCUCAAAGGAGCUGCAGCUGUGUCCCUCCUAGGAUUUGAACCUGCAGUCCUCAGGUCUAACCACUUCUCCACACUGCUCCCUAUUGAUGUGAUGUGAAUACUGUACAUGAGAGUCCCGGCACAGUACCAGUGUCUGUCAGAGUGGUAAGUUCACCUGUGUAAGUGCCAGUGAGUGCCUAUGAUGCGAAGAGUGUUCCAGAGCUCACCCAUCUGGCUUCUCUAGUGAAUUCAGGUCGUCUCUUCCAGGCACCAACAGCAUUGGAAUGAAACUUUAAUUCAUAGUUCGGAUUGCCAAGAGUGAACUAAUAAGCUCUUAAGUACAGAAUGAUACAGAAAUCCCUUGGAAAAGAUAGUGAUCUGGGAAUAAGAAUACCCUAUGUCUAGCAUUCUACAGGGCUCAGCUCCCACAGUCACUCUUUAGUACAGAGUCUGGCCAUAUUCAACUGUGGACAGUAAUAAUUCCGUGCCAAGACAGCAUGCACAGCUGGAACAGAAACAAACACAGUAGUAUCUGCUAUCUUAGCCGUGUCACCUUAUGCAGAGCCUGACAAAGAUGCUCACACAUUAAUUUUGGUACAGAAGGCUUAUAGUAAAUGAUUACAGAAUUAAUAGCAUUGUGAAAAUGGGAUUAAUACGUCAUGGGAAUGGAUAGAGUUGGGAAACUGGAUCAGUGUGUCUCCUGGGAAUGAACAUGGUAAGAGAAUGGGAUGAGUGUGUUUCCUGGGAAUAGGUUGUGGAUUAUGAAAGGAGCUUUCCAGCCAUAUUGUUGAACUGGUUUCUUUCAAGAACAGCUGGACUCAUAAUUGAGUUCUGAGUUAAAUUAUCCAAACAGGCUAGAUUGUAGAUCCUCUCGCUUGUACCCUUUCUUAGGUUCUUAUGUAUUGAACAGUUAUGGCUAACUGGGUCAAUGGAUUUCAGUUUCCUGGAAAUUUCUUUCUAAUCUGAUGCGCUAUCCUAAUUACAAGGAAGAGAAAUCUAUUAGCUUUGUGUGAAGGAGUCUAUGUUUGUGAAUGGAAGACUCACCUGAGGUGUCCUUAGGACUUUUGGUACUACUUCAUCAACUGCACUGUAAAAACACAGAGCAGUGAGUUUUUGCAUUGUGGCUUGUGUGUACGAUGACAUUCUAUAGGUGACAGCCAUUUUGCUUCUUAUCUGGGUUUAGAGUAGGCACUGAGGGAAAAUGGCUGCUGACAACUCAGUAAUUGAGCCCAGGUGUGUGCAGUAAAAGUCAACUGAGGGAUAUAAGAGCUGUAAACGAAGGAAGGCAGGGAACGCAUGGAAUAAACCUAUUACUUGUUCCAAUAUCACACAAGCCUGUGGUCAUGAGGAAGAGGGCUAGAGCCUUGGUGUUCAACUGCUGUUCAGCCCCAAAAGUUAAACAGCUUGCUCUGUUCACAGGAGACCUGUUCUAUAAAGAAGAACUAAUGGAUAGGGAACUCCAUAAAUGCUGAGGUGACAGUCUUCAAUCACUCUGCAGUAGCAUGGCUGGCACAUCAAAAACCUAUGUGUUCCUUGGCGCACCAAAACCCCCCCUCAGGAAGAAAACAGAGAGACCCUGCAGUCCCGAGAAAGAUGCCCCUGGACAGUGGCAGAGAAUGCAGCUCCGGUUUCAAUUAGGGAGGCUGAAUUCUGCCCCAGAGUCGACAGAAGGGGAGUCUGGAGUGUUUGGGGCUGGGAGCAGCGCACACUGCCGUGUGCUGAGCGAUUGUCACUGGCUGGAUAAGGUCAGCACCACAGAGAGCGCCUCUUCGGCAAAGGCCAAGGGGUUGGAUUGCGUAAGCCUUGCCAACCACGUUUUGCAUAGACUGAGCAUCGGAGCAGACAAAACCCUCAACAAUCCUACCAGUUUUUCAGGAAGUGGAAGAGACCAAGAGGAAGUGCAUCUUCUAGGGGAGCAAGGGGCCAGUCCCUCAGAGAGUCCGGAAUCCCAGGUCACCAGCAGACUGCAAGAAUCGCCUCCUGCGGCCGUCAGGGAAUAUCUGGAUAGCUGCUUCCCUGCUCACAGACAAGGCCCUGAGGCCAAGAGAGUCGUGCCAGGCUUGUCUCUGGAGACAGAGUACCUCAGCGUGUGCACUGUGAGCCAGGCUGUGCUGCUGAAGGGACAGAUGGGUGCAGAGGUGGGAGUCAAAGGGGGGGACAAGGUGGGAUGUGCCUCCGAACACACUUCAGAGACCAUCUCAGGCAGCUCCCUGGAGCUGUACAGCCCAUGGAGCGAUGUGAAUCCAGUGGUGCAGGGAACUCUCAGGGGUUCUGUGGAACUCUUUGACACCCUGAGUGAACAACAGAAGGAAGGGGGAGUAGUGAUAGAGGCCAGAUCUGUAGGGCUUCUCUGCUCUCAGGGCACUUCCUUUGCCAAGAGGAACAGGGACUUGGAUCAAGAGGCCUCAGAACAGACAGCCCCACACUCCAGGUUCCCUUUAUCUAUAUCUCCAGGCUCCCCUGUCUCCAAGAAGAGCAGAGUGGCCUCGCCUGAUGACGAGGCCUGCGCACACCAAGGACAGACAAGGAGCAGAGCUGGCUCGCUCACCACAACCCUCCUGAGCAGAUGUGUGGACAGGGGAAAGCACUAUCGCGUCCUGGUGGGUGUGCUGCACCCCUGCCAUCUGAAGGAGAUCAAAGUCAAAUCUGGGUUCUCUGCAGGCUCCAUGGUUCCCCUAGCAACCAUUGUUGUAACUGACCAGUCAGGAGCCAAGAUGAAGGUGGUCUUGUGGAGGACUAAGGCAUUCUGGGCCCUGACUGUGUACCCAGGAGACCUGCUGUUGAUCACAGACCUGACUGUCAGUGAAGACCGGUGGAGGGGUGAGUUGGUACUGCAGUCUACCUACACCAGCACACUGUUGAAUCUGGGCCAGGCCUCCCCCAGCCUUCAGCUGCAAGUGCCAGAGAGUGUGGAAGGUGGCAUCCUGGAGGAGCUCCAUAGCCACCUGAGGGAGAAACAUCCCUCUCUGCUGUUUCUCCCUCUUCGUGUCCCCCAGAGCCCUCGAACAAUCCUCUACACCUGUUUGAGUGCAUUGCGCCCUGACACGCUGGUGCACGCCCUGCUGCAGGUCACGGACACCUCCCUGAUCAGAGAGGUGCAGGGCUCCACCAGGAGAGGUGCAGUGAAGAAGGCAGUGCUGACUGUGAAGCAGGGUGAUGACCAGCAGGGGGUGCUGGUACUAUGGGGCUCCGCCAUAGCCUGGCUGCAGCAGAUCAACAGAAACAGAGGUGCAGUAUUGGAUUUCCGGGUGCUACUAGUGAGGAGUAAUACCACAUCAGGGGCUAUGGAGCUUCAUUCCACACCUUGGGGUUCCUGUGAACCCCUCUUUCCCAGUGACAAGAGAGCAUUGGAGUUCCACAGGCAGGCUCACCCAGGUCAAGCCUUGGCCAUCCUGAAGCUGGACCUCCACACUCUGUUGUCUCAGAAAUACACAGGAGACGUGGAGGUCAAAUGUCAAAUCGCAGGGCUGCAGUUUCAGUGCGGGAGCUCCCAGAAUGUGUCGUUGCAAAUGAAUGGCCACACCCCCCUGCAGAGAAUCCUGAAUGCUAUCUCUGAGGACAUCACCUUCAUGGGCUGUGCGAGAUGUGGCUCUGAGCUGGGCACAGACAGAAAUGGGAUUUAUAGUCCCUGUUACCCCUGCCUGCCACACACUGCUGUCAAACGCUACUACAGGCCAGCCCUGUUGACAGUGAAGGAUGGGGACUGUGAGCUUUGUGUCCAGGUGCCUCCAGUUCUUGUGCAGAAGAUCCUGUUGAAUAUGCCUCCUGAGCUGCCCAGCAAGAUUGUCGGUCCAUCUUCUGACAGGACAUUUGGACAGGUGGUGGCUGACACAUGCUACUCUCUGCUUUCAAACCCUUCCAACUACUGCCUGACGCUCCGAAGCCACUUCCAGCUGGAUGAAAACAGUAUCCCCUUUGGACAGGACUUUCUCCUAAUCAGCCUGUGUCCUCUGCUCUAAGUCUCAAUCAAGUUCCCAUUCAAUGGACAUGUCUAUACCGAGACCCCACCCCAAUCCUGUGUCUAUUCAGAGGUGGCUUAUCAUAAUUGAGUACCAACAAAAGAUACAAUAUGAAUACUAUACAUAAAUGCACAGGACACUGGGUAGCUCUAAAGCCUGUUUAUCACACUUGUUCAAAUGGCCCAUAAUCCACAAGAUCUUGACACAGAAUAUGGGUUUAAAACCACUUUUCAACUGAAAGAGGUCAGUGCUUAAUAUACAGUAUAACGUCUGCUAGUUUGAUAGUUACUUGAUGGCCAUCCAGGUAUCCAUAUAAAGCAAACCUUGCUCCGGCAAACAAGUCCUUAACAACAGAAGAGGUAAAAGAUGAUCUUCUUCGAAUACCUCACUAGCUCUUCAUGCAGAUGGAGGCUGCAGUAGAAUGAGACCUUCAAUUAUUUCUUCACAAUUAAAGAUGUCACUUACAGGUGUCUCCCAACCCCAGCACAUUCUCCCAAUCCUGUGGCGAUCAGCAAAUGGUGACAGGAGCAGGAUAGUGACGUCUGGAAGCUCCUAGUCCUGACUUGGCAUAGGUCUUGAUCAAGCACUUGGGUUGAGGCAGAAGCUUCCUAUGUUAGGAUCAAAUAAAUUCUUUUUGGAAUCCCGAA